UGUAUCGUCUUUCUCUUUUUAUCCGCGGCUGUUUAUAUUCUCCUCACUCUGUGUUUUGCGGCAAAACCAUUAUUCCAUUUGCAAUCAAUCCACCACCGACGGUGACUCCAGUUGGUGUUGUCCGUAGGGAGAGAGAGAGGGAGAGAGAGCUUGAAGAAGAAGAAGAAGAAGAAUGAGUGGCGCAGGGAAGAAGAUUGUAGAUGUGGCGGUGAAGGCAUCGAAGGGCAUCGACUGGGAUGGAAUGGCAAAACUUCUCGUCUCCGAAGAGGCUCGCAAGGAGUUCGCUUCUCUCCGUCGCGCCUUCGACGAAGUCAACUCCACCCUCCAGACCAAGUUCAGCCAAGAACCAGAACCCAUAGACUGGGAGUAUUACAGAAAGGGAAUUGGCUCUCGCUUGGUGGAUAUGUAUAAAGAGGCUUAUGACAGCAUAGAGAUCCCCAAGUAUGUGGAUACAGUGACUCCUCAAUACAAACCCAAGUUCGAUGCACUGUUGGUGGAGCUGAAAGAAGCAGAAGAAAAAUCCCUGAAGGAGUCUGAGAGAUUGGAAAAAGAAAUUGCAGAAGUCCAAGAGUUGAAGAAAAAAUUGAGCACAAUGACUGCAGACGAGUAUUUUGAGAAGCAUCCAGAGUUGAAGAAGAAGUUUGAUGAUGAAAUCCGGAAUGACAACUGGGGCUAUUGAGUUCUCAACUUUGGAAAUAUCAAACCUGAUUUCUUUCCCCCUUUUUGUUAUGUUUUCUUGAAAUAAAAAAUAACCAUAUUUUUUUUCUUACCAUCCCUGUUAGAUGAGCAGAUGACUCCUCCAGGUUCUUCAAGAAAAGCAGGCACAAUCUUCUAAUAGGAUGGCCUAAAAAUCAAUUGCAGAUUGGAAUUGCUGAGACAUUUUUUCCUAGGCAAAUGUUCUAGAUUACCUUGUGAGCAGAGCUCACUGUUAGAAAAAUGCUUCUCCAAAUUGGCAAGUAGAGGUUUUGAAAUAUCAA